AUGUCACUCCUUCUUAUUAUGACGAAUGUGUCGUCAACAUAUCUGACCCAAAACUUCGGAAGGUACGAGCUGAAUACCAGUCGCUACAGCCUCUGCAAAACCGCUUCGGCAAUUAGCCCAGACAGAGGUGAGCCCAUUGGCGUUCCCUUCUUUUGAUCGUACAAUUGGCCAUUAAAUGUGGAGAAAGUCUUAAGGCACAAUUCUAGGAGCUCGAUAAUGUACACUCGCUUAAGCUGUUGGUAAGUCUCGUCGUAUUUUUCUCGGAGUAGGCCGUCAAGAGCGUCGAUGGCAAGGUGGGAUGGGAUAGAGGGGACUAGAGAGACCACGUCGAAGGACACCAUCACCUCAUCUGUCUCCACUCUAUGACGUCGAAUGUGACCCAAACACUUUUCAACUGAUUUCACUGUCCACUCUGAGUCCUUGAUGAGGAAACAAAGUGGCUGGUACAGCCACUUUGACAGUCCGAAGGUUGGGGUGUCACGAAAAGAAACGAUUGGGCGGAGAGGCACUCCUGGCCUGUGUACCUUGGGCAGGCCGUAGAAGCGCGCCAUCGCUGUGUCAGUGGCCUCUGCGGACAGUGCCUGUUUUCUCGUGAGAGCACUCGCUUUCUUUAACCUCCCGCCGCCUUGUUUAUGUUGUUUACAAACUUUUUGAACUUGUUGACAUCCGAAAGCGCAUAAGAUCCCUUGCCCAUCAGCAGGUUCUCCAGUUUAGUCCUGUAUUCGGUCUUAUCCAUGACGACCGUCGAGCGUACCUUGUCAACAGGCAGGGUGACGAUAUUCUUUAUUUUUCGUAUACAGACAAGUUCUCGAUCUUCUGCUUCGGAAAUUUUCAUUUGGGGUUUGUGCUGGAGAAGUAAGGACGGCACCUGUUGCCGCAUGGCGUGUUUCUAUUCUUCAUCUGCCUCGCACUUCUGGAGCGCUGAUUCGAAGGAUGCGAUGAAGUCUUCUGGCUGAGCAUCUCUCGUACUGAACUUAGUGUCAUAGGAUAAAAACUCUAGCUGUUGUUUCGUGGGACGACGGAAGGGCAGGUUGUGAAACAGGAUCCAAUCAGAGGAGGGCUGUUUCGGCGGACUUAUUUGACUGAAUUUUUUUAACAGUUGAUAAUCGCUUAACUUUCGGCGACGCUGUGCCCCUUUGAGGAUUGCCGCCCUCAAGGCUUCCAGCUCGGGCGCGGUCAAAGCCGACUGCCAAGUUUAUAAUUGUUGUUCUAUCACUUGGUGGUAUUUGCAAAUACGAAAGCGGCAGUCUUGUAUCAGUACUUUGAGCACCGUCUUUUUGAAGUGUCCCAUCAUCCGCUGACACGAGUCAGUGUUCAGAGGCGGUCUGUAUCUGAGGCAUUUGGGUAAUACAUUCUCGUCAAGGCACCGGUGCAGGAAUUUCAGCUGAGCGUAAGUGGGUGACUCUCGCUUCGCAAAGGUCUCCCAUUUGCGAGCUGAAAGAGACAUGUGCGCCCAUAGCAUAAAGCAAUAUGCGUAAAGAUCUGAGGUCCAGAUAUAUUACCGUGUUUAUCAUCACCCGAGGAAGACGAAGAAGAGAAAUCGAUUUUAUGGACGUCAGUUUGAAUAAAAUCUGGUCCGUGAAAUCGCUUUCACUUCUUCGUCUUCCUCGGGCGAUGAUAAACAGCGGUGAGACACUGAUGAACUCCGGUUCGAUGAAGUGCUUAUGACCCAUCUGGUAGACCCCAGGGGUGGACCAACUGCGUCAGGUGCGUCCGUGUGCAUGUUUGCGUUUCUGGUCCCAGCUGCUCGUCAAGGUUAUGAUUGACUGAAUGAAGGGAGAAUACGCCCGAAACAGUAGUGUAUCAAUCUACCCUCCAUUCUCUGUCUUCUCUCCUCGCUGCUAUAUAUAUAUAUAUAUAUGUAGAGUAGAAGCGGUAUGCAUUCCGAGACGAUAUAAUGGAAAAGGAAAAGGUUCUUCGGAAAAACUCGCAUAGACGACGCUGGGGGACCCACUGAAGUGCCGAACCCCUCGCAGCUCUGCCGCUCAGAGGCAGAAUAUCGGACAAACUCUUGUGUGGUCUUUUACCUAAUACGUAUGCCGGGAGUACAGUAUAAUAACAUUGCUAUAUAUAUGUCCAUCUCAGACGGGCGCGCGUUCACCUUAGAGAACUGUGGAACCCUAGGUAAAGGGGACGACCACGCGCCUAGUGGGUCGGCGCACUAAUUCUCGAUUUUUAAAGCGUGAAUAUUUAAGGGAAGUUCAAGAAAUACUCUGGAAUUAUAUUUUUGGUAAGUGCAUUCCUAAAAAAUUAGGCACUUUGUGAUGAAAUUUUAUAAAUUACAGGAAUAAAAUCUCUGAAAUAUAUCGAUACUCAUUUCCGAACAUUAUUUUGUGGGGGCUUUUUAUAAUGCAACUUUCAGAUGUCAAUGUAUUAUCUCAAUCGCCUCUGUAGGGCACAUCUCUGUGUAUUUAAAUUCUCGUUCAUAUUUACUCGCCUUCGACAUUUGACACGUCGGCAAAACGCGAAAUGAAUGGUCCAGCCUUACCCAGGCCGGCCGUCUCCCACUUUCAAUUUUCGCCGGGGCUUGUUAUCUUUGUGAAGGCUGCCAAGCAACUAAAGAGCCCACUGGUUCAGAUGUUAGGUUGUCCUUACUACCAAAUCCAAAUUAUGCCGCAGAUCAUUGGUGAUGAUAUCAUCCUCUGCAAAGUACCCGCUGCAAAUCGCCACUCAUUCGCACUCUUAUUAGGUCACGGACGGUCUUCUCCUCCCUACACAAUCUCUCUCGUCCGGAGCUCUAGCUGCGGAGAAGCUCCAGCGGCAACCGCCAAAUAAAUGGCAAAAACACAUGCGUAGAUACGCUCAGUGGGAGCGACGAUGUAAACUGUAGUAAACAAAAAGUCAAGAUUGCUAAAUUAUAAUAUACUCGACCGGUACUGAGAGCGAGUGUCUACUCAACUCGACGCCACCCCAAAUUCUAUCGAGUAUCAGCGAAGGCCGUUUGUCGCCUUCUAACAGCAUUUGAAUUUAAGGUUACACACUAGCCUGAAGGCAGUUAUCUGGCACUAAUAAAUGGCUCUAAGGUGGUUGCUUUUUCUCGCGAGAAUUUCGGACUCAUUAAGGCCGGAUAUGUGACCGGUCGAUCAAGCCGUCUUCGCAUCAGAUACGACUAUUUGUAGUGGAUAAAAGGGCUGACUAUUUCGAAAGGUAUCAAUUCGCAGAGCAACUGAGUCCUGCACAAACUACAAUCAUUCUGCAUUCAUCAUUCUCAUCUGUUGCUAUUUCCAGUGAUUAUCUCGAGUUUAAAUCCAAGAAGUUGAACGAAUUUUUUUGUUCCGGCAAUCGAUUCUCCCUCUUCUCAACGAAAAGAAACAUUUUGCCUGAGUUCUGCGUCUAACCACUGCUGGUUUCAAUAAAGCAAAUGCCUCUUUUAAGACGACCUCUGAAAAUACAUUUUUUAUAAAGAAACAUUUGUCUUCUGUUGUCAUUUUACUUUAUUUCCCCAGCAGUAACACGCUUUCGGUUCUGAUCGUAUUUCGGUUCUGAACUUAUGUCAUUGUUCCACCACUAGAUAUUUCCGUGUAUGCACCAAAACGUCAGUGAUUCUUGCUUUAUUCAAACAGUACUAGCGAUGUCAACGGCAGACCUCGAGGCAGUUUCCAGUCGGUUAUCCUUCUGUGAGGUUAAAAGCCUGAAAAGCAGCAUAAUUCAUCAAGACUUGAGACACAAGGGCUGCAUUAUUUCAUCUCGUUAGCGGAUGCCAGUUUUGCUUUCAAGGUCUUAAAUAAGUGUGACAUGCUUUUCAACUUGGUCUGUAUGCUCGGGUAUGCCAGUUAGUAGCUGCAACUUUCGAUGAAGACAGACUUUUCAUAAGCACUUCAGCGCUUAGGUCCCAUUUCUUCAGUAGACGUGUCUAAAAUUCAAAAGAACUUUAAGCAAAUAAAAGUUUACAGUUUGUCGGUGCACCAGUUUUUUCCUGAAAUAUAUCUUUAGAAUUAUGACUACUCAUGCGUAUCGAAGUGCUGUUUGAUGUUUGUUUUAUUUUCAAAACAGCUUUCUACAAGAAAAGUUACUAAAAAGGUUUGUGCCUGGUGGACGUUCAUUUCGUGACUGAUUAUGUAGUGCCAGCCUAACCAGAAUCCUCCAUAUUCAGGGUUUAAGGGAAAUUUUCACCGAAACAAAGCACAAACCUCUUCAGCCGCAAAUACGUAGUACCAAGUUGUCAUUAGCACUAUCGUAUUCGAGUUUUUCGAUAUCCGACAGUAUUCUGAGUGAAUCAGUGGUGUUAUCAGUAUGAUUCUCUAUACUACACUAAUAGUUUGAUAGCUCCUUAUCGUCAGCAAGCGGCUUUGGAACUCUUAUAAAUAGCAGUCAGAGACUCUUUGAGGAAAAUGCUAUUUAUGCUACCAGAUUCAUAUUGUGCAGGUGGCAUUGAUUAUUAAUGACCGUAUAGUUCCUGCCUUCAAAAAACGGUAGUUCUUAAGAAUCAGUUUAAGUAGAGUUAUUUUGCUUGAAAAUCGCAGCACCGUAUGGCAAACGAGAACACAGCGGGUGAAGGCGCAUUCAAACGGCUUUAAUAAUAUAUGACGUUUACUAAGGGGAGUCAAAAACGAUCAUAUUAAAGUAUAUGGGGAAGAUUUACAAUAUUUAAUGGUAGAGGUUCUGUGCGAUAUUUCUUCCGGAGUGGCAGCUAUCAGCAUCUCUAGUUUUGGCUAAAACGCAAAUGCUUCGUAUGCGAGGUAUCAGUUAAAGGGAGCAGCAAGAUUUGUUCGAGUUUGUUAAACAGAGACUCAGCUUGUCAGAUUAAAAGGGCUGUCUUCUUUGUGAAAACCGAUUUCGACUAACUCUAACAAUGAUGAACUGUUUGAGGACUUGGUAGUGAUUUCCUUGUGCGCUUGUGCCUCAUGAAAAUCAAAAGAAUGCUUGGCUCGCCUAAAAUUUAUUUGGAGUUUUAAUUUCUGGUCGGUGUUUAGAACGCAAAAGCUACAGAUUUCGUCAUUUUCUUACCAAAUUUUCAAAGUUUUAUGGGUACUAUAAACAGGUGUUAACUCAUUUUCGUUCUAAGCAGAAGAUUUGGCGUCGUUCUGUCUUAUAAAGGCAACGUUAGUCAGGUUCUGGCAUUUACCAACGUAGACGGCGGUUUCAAUGCUUCAUUUGUACCCAACCUUAGACACACGUUUUUCGUUUGAAAAUUAGUCGUAACAGCGCAGAGGUUUGCUUUUUUAAAAAAAUAAAGACCUGCUCGUCAUCAUUUUUUCUUGAUCUGUACUACUGUUGUUUUGGAUUGGAGUGCAUAUCUACCUACGGGUCACUCAUAAUAACCAUGCCAAUCGUAGAGUUUUUACUCCACUGCAAUAUAAUUCCGACCAAAGUGCAGUUUCAAGAUUGACUUCCGUCAGAGAAACGGUAUAGCAAAAAAUGUGAGAAUUUUGAUUUGUCGUCGACGGCGUCGUCGUCGAGCGGAAGGCAACAGACGAAUGCGAUCAGGGGACCAGUACCCAUGCUUAGCAUCAGGGCGAAAUGAUCGAUGCACCAGAGCAAGUCAGUGUAGAAAUAACAGGCAAUGGUCUGACAAAAAAUGCUUAUUUUGCCAAUAACGACCCUUAUCAGCGCAUAAUAGCAGUUUCUUUAGCCCUCAGCGAACGUUAGUAUCGCGGAGGUCAAUCUGAAAUCUCCAUGUGUAAUGUAUAAUAGAAGGGACGGUGACAUUUAAACCGAACAAGUUUAAUUUGGUCACUAUGCAAGAUCAUUGUCUAAUGACGACCAAAAUCCAACCCUCACUUGUUACUUGUGACGGACCCUCGUGAAUUUGGUUGUCUUCGUGCCUAUCAGCGAUCCGGUGUAUUAUCAGAUUAAUUCGAAAAGGCGGCUGGACAAAUCUCUGUAUUAAAGCGCCUGUCAGGCUUUUGUCGACUUUGCGCUUAGAAUGGGAUAGCCCGUAUGGAUGCCAGCCCUAUAGCAUUUUUCCUACUUUGGUUGUUAUUGAAUCCCUGAACAUCCUGCUUUCGAUGUAGUCCUGAAACAUACACUCUGGUUUGGUUUAUCACUAGCUUCUAUUUAUAUGGUCAUUUUUUUGGAAAAUUUCAUUCAUGAGUGUGGAGUUAAUUAUGACGGUGAAAAACUCAAAGUGACGCAGUCGUGUACACGAACCCCGCAAAUUUGUUUACUACCUUGAGUGCCUAGAAUUCCCGUAAACAAAAUGCAAAACUUUCCGGUCCAAAUUUUUCGACCACCUGUCCACAGCGAUGAUAUGCAAGAGCGCAAAACAGUUUAAAAACCGAAGUUAGCAAGUGUGAGAUCUCGCGUGGGAAAGCGUGCACCAUGAUACCCCGGAUUUUUCAUAACAAAAUGUUCGGCUACAUUUACCAGCUCCACCAAAGGUUAUAACCGGUUGGAAGGUAGGUAUUUCUCGUGUUUUUUACCGCCUGAAUAUGAUUAUGUUCUUCUCUUUCUAUAGGCUCAGCGAAAUGAAAUUAAUUAUGAAUGGAAGAGAAUAUACGCAUCCCAGGUUCUUGUUUACAAGAAGGCGAAGACACGACCACUGGGACGGUAG